AUGGCUGUGCCCAAGAGGUGCAACAGGGCGAACGUGGCCUCCACCCUUCAGUACUGCAUGACGCUCAGCGGCGCCGUGAUGCUCGUGGCCGGGACUCUUUGCUUCGCUUGGUGGAGUGAGGGGGAUACCAGGGCCCAACUCAGGCUGCCAUCCUCACCUGUAGGGGCCCCUGUGCCUGAGCCCUCCAGCUCCCUGUUCAGGUCUAUCAGCUUCUGCUGCUGUGGGGUCGGUGGCCUGCUCUUGCUCAGUGGCCUGCUGUGGUCUGUGAAGGCCAGCCCCCAGGCGCCAUCUCGCUGGGACCCGUACCACCUCUCCCGAGACCUGUACUACCUCACCGUGGAGAAAGAGAAUGACAGGAUGCCAGAGCUGGACACCAUCCCCACGUAUGAGGAGGCUGUGCAUUACCCACUGACUGAGGGGUCCCAAGUUUCACCCCUGUACCUCACGUCAGAAGCUCUGUUUGGGAACCAGCCCCCAAGCCCUCCACCUAGCUACCAGAGCACACUUGCUACAGAGGACAUGGAUGAUGGGGUCCUCACUGCUGGCUGCUGCAGAGCACAGCAGGGGGCUUAG